UCCGUCUUUUAUUCUUCGGCCUCCUUCCUUCUGUAAGUGACACUCGCUCGGUCCCUCCUCCGGAUAUUCCACUGCUGACACUCGAUUUUUCAACUUUCUCUGGCGUUUUCAUCCCGCCGAACAUUUUCUCUCUUCCGAACUCAACUUUUUUUUUUCCUGGUGUGUCAUCAUUAGUCCAGUCAGCGGCUCGGUUCUAUCCAGAAUCAGGAAGUGCCGCGCUUUCUUUUGCUUUCCAUCGGACUGGAGCCGCGGGAAGCUCCGCCAUGGGAAUGAGAGCUCCGAGCCUCGGGCUGCGCCUGUCCUCACGAACCCUGCUGUGAUCCCUCUCUCUUCACCAUGAUGUUCUCUCCUGUAUCUCUGUCCCAGGAUGAGUUUCAUCCGUUCAUUGAGGCUCUGCUGCCCCAAGUCCGUGCCUUUGCCUACACCUGGUUCAACCUGCAGGCUAGGAAGAGGAAAUACUUCAAAAAACAUGAGAAAAGGAUGACCAAAGAAGAAGAACGAGCAGUCAAAGAUGAACUGCUCGGGGAAAAGCCAGAGGUGAAACAGAAGUGGGCCAGCCGUCUGCUGGCCAAGCUGCGAAAGGACAUCCGACCAGAAUGCAGGGAAGACUUUGUCCUCUCAAUAACAGGGAAGAAAGCUGCGUGCUGCGUCCUGUCCAACCCAGACCAGAAGGGCAAAAUGAGACGUAUCGACUGUUUGCGUCAAGCCGACAAGGUGUGGCGGCUGGACUUGGUGAUGGUGAUCCUGUUUAAAGGAAUCCCGCUGGAAAGCACAGAUGGAGAGCGGCUUGUGAAGGGAGGCCAUUGCUCCAAUCCAGUCCUCUGUGUCCAGCCUCGACACAUCUCUGUCUCCGUCAAAGAGCUUGACCUCUACCUCGCCUACUAUGUCCAAGAGAGAGAGGCUGAACAGAGCAGCAGUCCCAGUCGAACAGGAGGCGCCUCGGAUCAGGAGGACAGCCGGACAGCCACCAUGGAUGGCCCAGAGUUCCAGGAGAGUUUUGUCACGUCGGGGGUUUUCAGCGUGACUGAGCUCGUGCAGGUCUCGAGAACACCAGUUGUCACAGGAGUUGGACCUAGUUUCUCUAUGGGCGAGCUACAGGGUCACCUUGCAUAUGACCUCAAUCAGUCGGUCAACCAGCCUGUCAACCUUCGAAGACCACUGGCCAGCACUUCGUCCAGCGGGAGUAAGCGUCACAAGUCUGGCUCCAUGGAGGAGGAGGUGGACAGUCCUGGAGGAGAGUACUACCACUCACCGUCCUCGCCUGCCAGCAGCUCCAGAAACUGGACUGAUGACAUGGAUGGAGGUUUGUCUCCUCCAGUCAAGAAAACAGAGAUGGACAGCCCCUCCCCCCAGGAAGACUCACCACGACUGGGCUCCUUUACGCAGCAUCACCGACCGGUCAUCGCAGUUCAUAGUGGCUUGUCCCGGCCUCACCCUUCUUCAUCACUUCACUUCCCCUCCUCCUCUUAUUUCACACAUGGAGCUAUUCGCUACCCUCCCCACCUGGCCCAGGAUCCCCUCAAGGAUCUUGUGUCUUUGGCCUGUGACCCCUCCAGUCAGUCACCAAGCUCCCUGAAUGGCAGUAAUCAAGUCAAAGUGACUGGUCACUACAUCUCCUCCCAAAUGUUGGCGCCACCUGGACCCUCACCUGCCCUAGGUCCUCCCUCGUCCUCUCUCCCCAGGCCCACCUUGUCUACAGAGUCCAAGGCUUCGACCACCUCAACUGAUGGGAGGGAGAGCUCCCCAACUUCACCAACAUACUCUGCUCCUGGAACCCCACCGGCUAGCCGCUCUUCCUUUGUUGGCGUCACCCCACGAGACCCUGGAGGACUCUACCAGGCACAGUCUUGGUAUCUGGGCAACUGAGUCAGCUCUGGAGGAGGUGUGGUUGUCAUGGCAGCUCCGAUGUGGAGAAGAAGAACCAUUGUCACCCUAAAGGAAAGUAUUUUUAGCUUAGUGUUCAUGACUAUAUCCGACUAUAUGUUGAAAUAUAGUCGCAUAUCAGUGUGGACACAGAAAGACGCCUGAUGAUGGGGAUGCCACUUCGCUCAGUCUGAACAAACUCAGCCAUAAGACACUAAAGGUUCUACCGGACGGGAUCUGUGGACUCAGCUGAAGAACCAAACCUCAGCUCACCAGAAACUUGGAGCCAAAUUGUGUCCCCAACAUGUGAUCCCAGGAUGACAAGCCUUUACCUCCUGCUCCUUGACUUUCUCCGCCUCUUGCCUGGGAUGAGUAGUGUACCCUCUAAAUUCCCAGAAUGCCCCUCUCCGCUGCAGGUGCUGCUUCUUAUAUAUGCAAAUAAGCCUCGCUUAUUUCCUAAUGACUCAAAUGAGAUCUUAGAACAUUUCUUUGCACUUUUUAAUACUUUAUUGAUGCACCUCAAGGAAAAGAAGGUGUUUUUUUCCCCUCUUCCCACCAAAAGACUGAGGCUUGGUCUUUUUUAUUGACAAUCAUCAUCUGGUAACCAUCAAGAUGCUUCGAAAGGCUCAUGUUUCUAAAGACUGUGCUUUUUUUAACCAGAAGACAAUGAGUCUGUGAACAUAAGAGCUAUAUUCAUCCCUGCUCUGAUACCACACAGUACAACAGUAUUGUUCCUGGAGGAUGACGGGGAAUUAUUUAUCCAAACAGCCCAAGGCUCAACUAUGGAAUUUUGGCUCAGUCUAACUGAGGAAACGUCAAGAUGCUUGACAAACAGGAUGAUGAGUGCAGCCAGUCACCAGGUGACGGUGUAUGAAUCUGUAGCAUGAAAUGAUGAUGUACGUAUGUGUGCGUGUGUGCGUGCGUGUCUGUGUGUGUGUGUUCGCGCCAGAAUGUGAACCCUGCCCCCAGCUCUCAUCCUUGCUCUGUCCUCCUAAGGAGGUGACUGUUGUGACUCAGAGAAAACAGUAUUGGGUUUGUACUUGUAUGUGGUGAGGCAUUUGAGCGGGAUUGUUGCACUAUGACUGAAUGUCAUUUUUGAGGAAAGGUGCAAUGAGUGUUGUGCUGAAGUUGAUGGUUAGGAAAGAAGAGCGACUCGAACUGAGCACAAGAUACAGCUUUCUUUGAAAAAUAGAAUGUGGUUAAGAUGGCUUCCAUCAGAGGUUCUACGCUACAGACUGGACACCGAGCCAGAGAGCACUGUCACAUGUGCUGCAGGGUUUGGACCCCGGUUCACUCUGAGGCAAUCUUGAAAUGGGGUGAGAUGGGCUACCGCAAAUCUGGACUUGUUUUCAGGCCAAUUUGUUGCAAUCCAUCUUAUAUCCAAUGCAAAUUUACAGUGAAACCUGAGUUCAGUUUAUAGCAUUGAGUGAGUGUAAUGUUAUGCCCAGAAUCUAUUACUGCUCCUUGGCAAGCAAUUUUAUAGGUUUUACUUUCAGACUUGAUUGUAUUUGAUAAUGUUACCAUCUUUUGCUUGAAAUUAUAAACAUUGUUCAGGAAACCUUUAAACAUAUCGAUAAUCCCUCUUGAAAUCUGAAAGGCUUUGGCUAAAAGCCAUCAAUUAAGGAAGAUUAUGUCCAACAAUAUUAGUUUAUUUAUAUUAGUUGAAGAGCUUGCAUAAUCUCUAAUGUGUUUAAGGAAUCCAACUGUAACCCUGAGUAUCACAAGGUCAUUUACAACAUACGUUUUUGACUUGAGAUUGAGCCCAGGUCUUUUAAAAAAUUAGUCUCAGAUCACAUCACAUCACCAAAGAGGCGGCUGAAUUUUAUGGCUGAUUUUUGACAGUGCCGUCAAACCUUGGGAGCACAGCCAUAGACAUAGAUAGAUGUACUUCAGUAAUCCCAAGAUGAAAAGCAGCAGCAGUAUACAAAAUGAAUGUGAAAAAAUGAAAUUGCAUUAGUAUAGUUAAUAGAGCUAUAUAAGUUAUAAACCUAAUUUAACUAAAGAAUGAUGAAUAAUGAAUAAUAGACAGCUUGGUGUGCAACAAUGGAUGAUGGUUGAAUAUAUAAUCACCCUCAAUUGAGAAAUGAUCAGUAGAUCAUUGGCAUAUAUCAUACAUAUAAUUUAUUUUCAUAUUCGAUUAGGGCUUGGCUAAAAGCUGUUGACAAUAGAAUAAAAUUCUAUGCUCCCAUGCAGACGCAUUUCAAAAUCAAAUGUAUAAACUUAUUGUACUUGUACUACCUUGUGCCACAGAGAGACCUGGUGACUGUUGGAACAGUCUCAACUGAGACAAAGUUAAAAUUAGAAAUGUAAAAAAAUGACGUUUUAGUCGACUCCUCCAGGACAAAAAUGGAUUGUGAACACAAGAGGUCAGACCAAAACACUGCGCUGCUCUUCGUCCCCCUCCAAGAUGACAGAAGUCCUGAACACCACGCGUUAAAAUCACCAGUGAGAAACAGACGCACUGCUGCCAGUGGAAAUGAUGAUUUCAUGCCUCAGCUCUCGUCCAGGAAAACGUGUUAUCACUCUGGGCAACAGCAGACGUUUGUGGAGUCACAGCAGCAGUUUUUAACAUGCAGUAAAACGUGUUAUGACUUUUCCCUGAAAACCUCAGUAAGUUCCAGAGUGAUGAAGUCUGACAUGUGGUUACCCAAACAACCAGAGUGUCGCACUUUAACACUGGUGAUGUCUCUUAUUGAGACGAUUCAAACCCACGUGGACCAUCAGCUCCCUGCUUCUACUUCCAUGUACACACUUCAUUGCCACAUGAGGAUUCAAAAACAUACCAAUAAAAUACAAUAUAUACCUGGUAAAGUAAGUCACGUCUAGCUGUUUUAACCCUGACCACAUUAUUCAAAAAAUAUAAAAAUGUGUUGCUAUAGUGUGGCAGCAACAGCUUGCAGUGAUUUGAGAUGGAAUAGUCCACUACCUGUCGUUCAAUGCCCAAACCCUGAGUCAACCUUUUCCCGUAUAUUUUGCUUCCCUGCACCAAAUCUUAACCUGUCUUCAUCAUUUAGAUGUCCGGUAAUUUGAUUUAAAGUUGUUGGUUUUGUCAUUCUAGGGAACCUUUCAACCUGGUCUCCCAAUAUUCUGCGAUGGGUUCAGAGGUGAAAACCUCAUAUGGCUCGGUGGGUCAAAUCUCUAGCACCAGAACCUCUGAAGAGUCCAGCUGUGUGCGGGGGCUGAUCUUUAGUGUGAGCUUUGUUUUUAAAUUGGCUUCAAGCUGAUGUAUAGUGCAUGGUGCUACCCCGGUCGCUGUGCUGACCAGAAGAAUGCAUGGCUCAUAAUGAUACCUCUCCUUUCAUCUGCUCUUCCUCCUCCCUCCUGCCUCCUUACCAAAGGUGGUCGACUAUUUCUUUGGAUUUUAACAGCGACUCCGUUGUUAAACUUCAGUUUUGCACGAUAUUUCAUGAAACACAUUAUGUGCCUUGCCUUUAGUUGAUGAGCAGUAAUACACUUUGGAAAGGCCGACAUACUUUUUCAUGGUUCUGCUGGUAGAAAAGUAAAAAAAGCUGCAUGUGUGACCACUCAACAUUUAGCGCUGUAGCGGGUACACAGCUGGGCAGUCGAAGGAGGCUUCUUGUAAUUGCUUGUGUUCAUUUUAAUGGCAAAAAUGGGUUCAUGGUUGCUUUUUCUGAAACUUUCUUUCUAUUGCUCCUUUUGUUGUUGCACCUCUUAAACCAUUCAUGCCCAAAGGGCUUUAGACAAAUCCAUCUAAAUAGAACAGUUCUUUGUCUUGCUUUCGAUUAGAAGCCGAAGAACUCGAGUCAGAAGGAACACUCAUGUGGCACACCAUGAAGAACACAUGCUCAGUGAACUUGAUAAUUCACUUUCCAUUUACACCAGGAUCAGAGACGUUAUCAAGAGUUUGUGAGCAACAUUUGACUGGUUGAUCAGCGUCAUUCAUUAUUUAGAAUAAUGAGCUGCAUGUUUGAGCUGAUAGUUGGAAAGUUUGCUCUCCUACUUUCUUCUAAGUGUUUUCAGGAUUGCUUUCAAUAUAUAUUUUUUUAAAGAACAGCAUGAUUGACAUGAGAAAUUAUAAAUGAUCCCAUGAUAAAUGCCAAACAACUGUUAAUUAUUGGCAGUUUUACUAUAUAAAUGUGAGUAUUUUAUGCUAAUAAAAGAAUUGGGCAUUUUUCAAUUUUAGCUGCUUUGUUAGCAGUUACAUUCAUUAACCAUACAUGUUCAAACCAUUUAUUUGAUAUGACUUUACAAAGUGGCCCAUUUAGAAAUGCAACGCUUUGAUUGUUGUGUACACACGGUGUGGAGGAACAACUGUACUUGUUGAUCACGAAAACACCAUCCGUUGCCCUUCUUUCCACAUAGAACAUCUACCCUUUCAUCUCUAUACAUGCACUACACACCUUCUUAGAAGGUUUUAAUAUUUUUAAAUACUGCUUUCUUGUGUAGAUAUUAUGUUAGUUUUAACCCUUUAACACUGCAGUAUGCAAAGAUGUGCACAACUUAACGGUUUCUUUAACCUGGUGUUCUACAGUUGUUGGUCGAGCCGGCGAGUGAGAGACCCAUAAAAUGGGGAAAGUAAAUAAGAAAAUUGGCGGAAGAUUUUAAGAAUGCACUCCACCAAGGCUUCACAGGCCUCUAAAUGUUAUAUAAGCGUGUUGAAUUGUAGCUUUAAAACCAUUAAACCUUCAAACAGACUGAUGGUGGUGACUUGUUCAGUAACAAAUCAUUUAUACAGUUAUAAAAGUUGAACUUCAUUUUUUUUCACACAUCCACAGUUGCAUUCAUUUUGUUUAAGACUGUGCCAAAAUGAGUUGGGCAGCUUGAAUGCUUGUGCACAAAAUCACAAGCAUCGUUAUUUUGUGCACAAGCAUUCAUAGUGAUAUAAAAUGCUCUAAAAGUGAGGAAAAAUUAAAAUAAAAUAAAAAUUAUAUACCAUGCAUUAGUCCCACAUGUGUUUAAGAAGUUUGGUGUGGAUUGAUCUUUCAGAACCUAGGAGUGCACCAGAAAAACACAUGGUUCUUUACAAACAGAGCUGUUGACUUUUUGAGGGGAGUUCUGUUACUAUUGUUUUGCUUCAGUUCAGUCCAUACAUAGAAGUCUGAAAAAUGUAAUGCAAUUCUGCCAAUAUCGACGACACAUCAUUGUUAAUUUUGGUCGUCCCAUGGUUGCUCCCUUAUCAAGUUAAAACCUAACUGAAUAAGGGCUACCUGGUAGUGAAAAGGUUUACCAUGGUCUAAAAUUGUGACCACAAAGUGGCGCUAUUGCACUGACAACAGAGACAGAAACAUAUAAUACGUUUGGUCCCAAGAGAUGAAAAAUAUUAGCUUAUCACAACAUCGCACCCGUUCUUGUCUGUGGUUGUGUCCUAUUGAUUGAUCUGUAACAGCAGUUUAAAGACUUGCUACCCAUUUUACCAACUUUAAUUCUUGUAGUUUCUGAUCUUGUCUGUUGCCACCUUAAUGCUGGAUCUUGACUGCGUGCAGGAGUGACACACUAUAACUAACCUGAUGCCUGAUAGUUUACACAGACAAAUUGGUUUUGGUUUGACGACUGUCUUUCAUUCAGUCUGGAAAAUGUCCUGGAGAAAGAACAUUCUGCUCCUCUUAAAAGAGCGCAAAUCAAGUAAAUGUGUGCCAAGAACCUGUCCAUCACUUAUAAUACGUGCAACAAAAUGAAUUCCAGUUGUAUUCAGCUACUCAAAUCCAUUUGACUUCUAAAGUGCAAGGUGACUUUGUUUUCGUUUUAUUUAGCCUUAUGUGGUAUAAAUGCAGUUAAUGGGAGCUGUUAUGACGUGUUUUUACAGAAAAUAAUUUGCAUAUUGUUAUCCUUUUCAGAUCUCAAAGAUCUGAUUUUUUAUUAAUGUUUCACUUCUUGAGGUUUUAAAAUGUUUGUUUUAGUUUGUUUCCUGAGAGGAAAACAAGUUUUGCACUUGCUAUUACCUGGUCUUCAUAAAAUUUUGGCAGGUGAACAUCACAUGCUAAUGUGUUGCAUUAGAUCAUGUGCAAAUAUUGAGUCUUGAAGCUGUUCUUGAAACAUGACAAUUGUCAUGUUUUGAUAAAUGUAGACCCAUAUGAAGAUGUAGCUUAAAAGAAGAAAAAAAAUCACCAUAGCAAGAUAAAGAGACACAAUAGACAUUGCAAAUACAAGCUAACAAUUUACGACAAUCUCCUUUUGAAUCUGAAAUGACGCAUUUGAGGGAAAACUCAUUUGUUGUUGCUUCCGGGGAUUGAGAGUCAUUUGACAGUCAUCCAAUUUCAGUAUUGCCGUACCAACAGCCUAUCCGACGAGCACAUACGGCAUAAGAGUGAAAGUACGCAGAUGAGAACUCUUUUCAAGCACUAGUGUGAUUUCCAGAUGACUUCUCAACAUCAUUGUGAAACUAGUGCAUAUAAUACACAUUGGAAAAUCCCAAUUCAUUUCACAGUUAGCUUUGGUGAUGUAUUUACAUGUAUUUCUGUACAAAAUGGUUUUGCAAAUCAUUUGUUACGACAGAUACUUUAUGACAUAAAUUAGCACCAUUGGAAGCUAGCCAAAGCAGACAUUUCUCACUGAGACCAAAACCAUUAUAAAUGGAGGAUUUCAUCUAUUUCCACAGACCUACACGGAUGUUAACAAUUUCAAAAGGAGCUAUAUUCAUUCUUAGCUCCUCAAGUCUGCUCCACCGAUUGUGUUUAUGUGAUGUCUGGCAUCAGUUCUCCGAGCUGGCAGUCAAAGCAGCAGCAUCUGCCAGGUAACAUCUCAGUCAAACACAAAUAAAUGCAGUGACUGUUUGCUCUUGCUGUCUUGGCUAAGUCAUGGCUAAACUUCACUUUCCCUGGAGCUAUUCAUCUGUACGUGUUUAAGCAAUUAAUGUUCCGAUUAAUAUUCUCUGGGGAAUCGGCUGUAUCUUUAUCUUGUGAAGUGGGUGAAGUGGUCUUUUCUGGUAUCAUUUGGUUCCAAUGGCUGGCAAAUAUUAUGAUCCUUUUUGACCACUACAGCUCUUGCUACGUCUGAGAUAUGCAAUAUGAACUGACCAUCCUCUGAUAGAAUCUCAAACCCACCCUCCAUUCACUUGGUCUCUGUGCUCUUUCUAUAUCUGCUUUUGAAGUCUGGCUUUGAUGCGCAACAUCAAACACAACAAAUUAACUGAACGUGUCUGCAUCUAGCUGGAACACAGACCUUGUGUUACACGUUGUAUGACAAUAUUUCAUUUUCACUAGGACGCUUUGAUUUUUUUUUUUUUUUUAAUAGAAUUUUGGAUGAUGUUCAUACACGGGGCUUUUCUCCAUCUCAUACCCUCAAAAAUCAGUGUUUCUUUUUCCCUAUUUUUUCCUGCUUGUUGCUAUGACACACAACUGAACUCAAGUGUUGUGCAGAUGGAGUGUUGCAUCUUUACAAAAGUUCAAUAUUUAAAAAUUUGCUUGAAUUUCAUCUGUUAGUUUCCAGUUUAGCUUUUAACCUUUGUUUGCAUCUCAUUUUACAGUUACUAUAGAAACAGUUUGCUUGCUUCCAAAUAAAUAUCAGAGAGCAUAAAACUUGCAUGACCAGAGUCCAAAUCUCAAACCACAGUCUUGGACACAAGGUGGGCAUCAACGGUCUAAACAAAAGCACUUUCAUGUCGUAUAUCAUGCAUGGUACCAAACAGAAUAGGCACAUUAUUUGUUACCGUUUAAGUAACGUCCAGAAAAGGGGACGCUAAAUCAAAACAUUUUGUUUCCUCACUUCUUGCUUUGUCAAAGUCUGGUUAAUCUGACAUCUUGUCAGAAAUGAGCAAUAAUUCACAGGUGGUGUGUGAUUUACUUGGGGAGGUUUGUAAUAAACCAGGCGUGUGAGUGUGAUUUCAACAAUGCGCUCGACGGACGGUGAUGAGACUCCGGAUCUCGGUGGGAUAUAGAUCUAGAAGCUUUUAGAACAGUAAUCAUUCACCGCUUUAUAUGUCUGAUGUUAAAUCAAAUGUCAAUAAUCUGCCUUUAUUUGCAUGUUAUUUGUUGCUUUGAGAUGAUGAUUACACAGGAACAUGGUAUAAUGUCUGCACUGUGGUGUUGCUUUGCUGUCCAUUGAACCGCCAGGUGUGUACUCCGAGUCACUACGCCUGUUUUCAUGUUAUUUUGUGUGUUCCUGCCUUCGGCUUUGGAGGAUAUGUUCAUCUUUGAUAUGCCAUUAUAACCAUAUUUAGCCAUUGCUGUCAGCACUUGCUGAUGGAUUCAUUACUGGAAAUGUUUCCCUAUGCAAAAAUAUAUCAUGAAUAAACAAGCUAUUCCACAA